UUUCAGAGUGACUUGUGGUCUCUGGGAAUCACCGCUAUCGAGAUGGCAGAAGGUGCUCCCCCCCUCUGUGACAUGCACCCCAUGAGGGCUCUCUUCCUCAUCCCCCGGAACCCAGCGCCUCGGCUGAAGUCCAAGAAGUGGUCAAAAAAAUUCCAGUCAUUUAUUGAGAGCUGCUUGGUGAAGAACCACAGCCAGCGACCAGCAACAGAACAACUGAUGAAGCAUCCAUUUAUACGAGACCAACCUAAUGAACGACAGGUCCGCAUUCAGCUCAAGGACCAUAUCGAUAGAACAAAGAAGAAGCGAGGAGAGAAAGCUAAUAUCUGUCACAUGGCAAAGUAUGAGCAGGGUCCUAGGGGUGGGCGCUCCAUUCUCAACCUGCCCGGGGAGUCGACGCUGCGGCGGGACUUCCUGAGGCUCCAGCUGGCCAACAAGGAGCGGUCCGAGGCCCUGCGGCGGCAGCAGCUGGAGCAGCAGCAGCGGGAGAACGAGGAGCACAAGCGGCAGCUGCUGGCCGAGCGCCAGAAGCGCAUCGAGGAGCAGAAGGAGCAGCGGCGGCGGCUGGAGGAGCAACAAAGGCGAGAGAAGGAGCUGCGGAAACAGCAAGAGAGGGAGCAGCGCAGGCACUAUGAGGAGCAGAUGCGCCGGGAAGAGGAGAGGAGGCGCGCAGAGCACGAGCAGGAGUACAUCAGGCGACAGCUGGAGGAGGAGCAGAGGCAGCUAGAGAUCUUGCAACAGCAGCUGCUGCAUGAGCAAGCUCUACUUCUGGAAUAUAAGCGCAAGCAGUUGGAAGAACAGAGACAAGCAGAAAGGCUACAGAGACAACUAAAGCAAGAGAGAGACUACUUGGUUUCCCUUCAGCAUCAGCGGCAGGAGCAGAGGCCUGUGGAGAAGAAGCCACUGUAUCAUUACAAAGAAGGGAUGAGUCCUAGUGAGAAACCAGCAUGGGCCAAGGAGGUAGAGGAACGGUCAAGGCUCAACCGGCAGAGUUCACCUGCCAUGCCUCACAAGGUUGCCAACAGGAUAUCGGACCCCAACCUGCCCCCGCGGUCCGAGUCCUUCAGCAUCAGUGGGGUUCAGCCUGCUCGGACACCGCCCAUGCUCAGAUCAGUCGAUCCCCAGAUCCCGCAUCUGGUAGCAGUGAAAUCCCAGGGACCUGCCUUGACCGCCUCCCAGUCGGUGCAUGAGCAGCCCACGAAGGGCCUCUCUGGGUUUCAGGAGGCUCUGAAUGUGAGUUCUCACCGCGUCGAGAUGCCACGCCAGAACUCAGAUCCCACGUCUGAAAACCCACCUCUCCCCACUCGCAUUGAGAAGUUUGACCGAAGCUCUUGGUUACGACAGGAAGAAGACAUUCCACCAAAGGUGCCUCAAAGAACAACUUCUAUAUCCCCAGCAUUAGCAAGAAAGAAUUCUCCUGGAAAUGGUAGUGCUCUGGGACCCAGACUAGGAUCUCAACCCAUCAGAGCGAGCAACCCCGACCUCCGGAGAACCGAGCCCGUCUUGGAGAGCCCCUUGCAGAGGACCAGCAGUGGCAGUUCUUCCAGCUCCAGCACCCCCAGCUCCCAGCCCAGCUCCCAAGGCGGCUCUCAGCCUGGGUCACAAGCAGGAUCCAGCGAACGGACCCGGGUUCGAGCCAACAGUAAGUCGGAAGGAUCACCUGUGCUCCCCCAUGAGCCCUCCAAGGUGAAACCAGAAGAAUCCAGGGAAAUUACCCGACCAAGUCGCCCAGCUAGCUAUAAGAAAGCUAUAGAUGAGGAUCUGACGGCGUUGGCCAAAGAAUUAAGAGAACUUCGGAUUGAAGAAACAAACCGCCCGCUGAAGAAGGUAACAGAUUACUCCUCCUCCAGUGAGGAGUCAGAAAGCAGUGAUGAAGAGGAGGAAGAUGGAGAGAGUGAGACCCAGGAUGGGACGGUGGCUGUCAGCGACAUACCCAGACUGAUCCAGAGGCAGCCGUCCGGAGAGAAGAAGCGACCGGGCCACAGUGACAGCAAUGGCUUUGCCGGCCACAUCAACCUCCCGGAUCUGGUGCAGCAGAGCCAUUCCCCCGCGGGGACCCCCACCGAGGGCCUGGGGCGCGUCUCCACCCACCCCCAGGAGAUGGACGCCGGGACUGAAUAUGGCCUGGGGAGCAGCACCAAAGCCUCCUUCACCCCCUUUGUGGACCCCAGGGUAUACCAGACGUCUCCCACUGAUGAAGAUGAAGAGGAUGAGGAAUCAUCAGCUGCGGCUCUGUUUACUAGCGAACUUCUUAGGCAAGAACAGGCCAAACUAAAUGAAGCAAGAAAGAUUUCAGUGGUGAACGUAAACCCAACCAACAUUCGGCCUCAUAGCGACACACCAGAGAUCAGAAAAUAUAAGAAGCGAUUCAAUUCAGAAAUACUUUGUGCAGCUCUGUGGGGUGUAAACCUCCUGGUGGGAACCGAAAAUGGCCUGAUGCUUUUGGACCGAAGUGGGCAAGGCAAAGUUUAUAAUCUGAUCAACCGGAGGCGAUUUCAGCAGAUGGAUGUGCUCGAGGGACUGAAUGUCCUCGUGACAAUAUCAGGAAAGAAGAAUAAGUUACGAGUUUACUAUCUUUCAUGGUUAAGAAACAGAAUACUACACAAUGACCCAGAAGUAGAAAAGAAACAAGGCUGGAUCACUGUGGGAGACUUGGAAGGCUGUAUACAUUACAAAGUUGUUAAAUAUGAAAGGAUCAAAUUCUUGGUGAUUGCCUUAAAGAAUGCUGUGGAGAUAUAUGCUUGGGCUCCUAAACCAUAUCAUAAGUUCAUGGCAUUUAAGUCUUUUGCAGAUCUCCAGCACAAGCCACUGCUUGUUGAUCUCACGGUAGAAGAAGGUCAAAGAUUAAAGGUUAUUUUUGGUUCACACACUGGUUUCCAUGUAAUUGAUGUUGAUUCAGGAAACUCUUAUGAUAUCUACAUACCAUCUCAUAUUCAGGGCAAUAUCACUCCUCAUGCCAUUGUCAUCUUGCCUAAGACAGAUGGAAUGGAAAUGCUUGUUUGCUAUGAGGAUGAGGGGGUGUAUGUAAACACCUACGGCCGGAUAACUAAGGAUGUGGUGCUCCAAUGGGGAGAAAUGCCCACGUCUGUGGCCUACAUUCAUUCCAAUCAGAUAAUGGGCUGGGGCGAGAAAGCUAUUGAGAUCCGGUCAGUGGAAACAGGACAUUUGGAUGGAGUAUUUAUGCAUAAGCGAGCUCAAAGGUUAAAGUUUCUAUGUGAAAGAAAUGAUAAGGUAUUUUUUGCAUCCGUGCGAUCUGGAGGAAGUAGCCAAGUGUUUUUCAUGACCCUCAACAGAAAUUCCAUGAUGAACUGGUAACAGAAGAGCACUUGGCACUUAUCUUCAUGGCGUUAUUUCUAAUUUAAAAGAACAUAACUCAUGUGGACUUAUUGCCAGUCUAGAGGCAGAAUCAGAAGGCUUGGUUGAACAUACUGCUUUCCCCUUUUCCUCUCCCUCCACCCAUCCCGAUACAGUCCAUCUUUCAAUGUUGCAGCCUGGUUGAGAAGGAGAGAAAAAGGUGGCAGGAAUUUCCAGGAGAUCCCCAAGAAUGCUGCGUUGUCUAUGGACAGAGAUGGACCAUGUGCCCUUCGGAGUUAGGGAUAGAAACAAAUAUUGUGUGCUCUUAUGAUUAAGCUGUGUUACGGUGGAUUUUUGAGUUUUGUUUUGUUUUUUACCUUUUUUUUUUCUUUACCCCCUUACUUUGUAAGAAUGGGGAGAGAAUGCAUACUGAGAAAGUGUCUGUUUUUAAUUCUGUCUGCCUGCUAGCUUUAAGUAAAUGAUAUGUUGUUAAGAUCUCCAACUUCAAAUGGUGAGAGACAGCACAAUAAAUGUACCUUAUCUCUUUACACUGAAGGCCAUAACUACACAGUGGGGUAAUUUUAGAACUCUUUUACCUUCACCAACCCAAGAGGUUGCUUUUUGAUAGCAACUGCUAAUGAAUUUUUAAAAGAGAAGAAAAAUACUAGUAUUCCCCUCUUUUGGGAAAUAGAUUUUAAAUGGCUAAACUACUAGCCUUAGACUAAUAAAAUCAACUACCAUUUUUGUGAGUCUGGCAGGCCCUAUUUUAUAGGGCCCUGUACAGAACAGAGUGUGUUGCAUGGGAUAGUAGUGCCAUUGGCUGCAGUGAAUGAGGGACUCUGUAUACAACGUUGCCUCAAUGCUUACUGCAACAGAUCAGGACAAAAGAUGGGAUGACAGAGGGGGUCAGAUGGAAAGAGCUUCUGGAAACAAGCUAAAAAUGUAUAUAUAUAUAUACACACACACACAUUUUUUUUUUUCAAAUGCACAAAACUUCCCAGCUAGGAAGUCACUCUGUUUGGGCUUCGUUAGGAGUUAAGACCUUGUUCUUUCUGGGAAUUGGAGAAUCGGUGACAUCCAGGCUCUAGUUACUCCCAGCUUCCUCCUGAGGGUGCCACUGUCUCAAGAUGAAAACUGUGACUGAAAAAAUAAUAAUAAUAAAUGUUUCUGAGCUGCCUGUGUUCUCUCUGGGUUGGUGAGAGAAGGGACUAGACUACUAAGCCUGCCUGGGAUCCAGCAGGCAUCAUUGGUUCAGAUUUUAUAGAACUUGAAAGCAAGGCUUUGGCCGAAAUUCUGAGACCCUAAUCAUUUUACCUUCCUCCAAAUUACCCAACAUCCGGUAAACAACGUUUGUGCAGAGAUAUGUAUGUAUUUCGUUCAGGUUGACUUGUGUCCUUACAAACUCUUCCGCAGAUGAUUUGAACUUUUGCGUGACUGUCUGGGGUUUUUUUUCCCAAAGCUCCGAGCAUGGCCGCCGUGGUAUCAAGGUGUUGCAAAACAGUAUCUGUGUCGCGCUUCCUGUUUUAACCUACCUCGUUUCGUUUGUUUCGUUUCGCUGUUCAUCACAGCAGUGUUAUCUCCAGGAGACAUAUAGAGAGCUCAACUGGCAAUCUCAGCUGUCUUUCACAUUCUUAAAACAAAACAGUAGUUGACCAAAUUGUUCUUGAAAAAUUGAAAAGAAAAAAAAAAAUCCAACAGCAACAAAACUAACGUGGCUUGUUUCUGGAGAAAACAAUUACUAUAAACAGAUCCAAAACCAAAAACAUCUAUGAGCCUACUGAUUUUGCCUAAAUACAUGAGCAGCUGAUGUACUAUUAAUGAGAACGAAAUACACAUUAGGAAAACAGCACCAUUUCAAUCUGGUGGCCUGGGCAAGGGGGGGACACGGAAGGGGAAAUACUCUAGUUUUUGAAGUGGCUGAUUCUGCCCCUCCUGUAAAGGUGGUUGUCAUUUGCAUUUAUUUUAAGCAGGUAACACACAAAUGGAAUUGAGGAUUAUCUUCAGGCGAUCACCAAGAUGUCCUCAUUGUGGUCCCUUUAGCGCUCAAAAGCAAUGAAAUCCUCCCGUUCUCAUUUUUACUGCUAAGGUUCUGCUGCUGAGCAAAUUCCAUGCCACAAAUUCAGCAAUAACGUUUGAGAUUGAAUAGCAACUACUGUAAUUGGAUGCUGACAUGGACAAGACACAUUGAUUUGGGUCUCAUCCCCGCAUGUGAUUGCCACCAGCUCUUUAUAUUGCUGCUGUGGUAUUUUGAACCAGAAGCUUCUUUAAAUUAUGUUGCAAACUGAUCUUUGUUUUAUGUUUUGUUUCGUUUUGAUUUCUAAGUGAUAAGUUCGAAACACACAGCUUUAACUGAUUUUUUUAUUGUGGGAUUUGGGGUACAGUAAAGAAAUAAAAGGGAAUCAUUGUGUUUAAACAUAAGGUAGUUUGUGAAUGUAUUUUUUAAAAUCUAGAUUCAUUGAAACAAAAAAAAUCGUAAGAAAACAAUAUUAAUGCAGUCUUGUUUACAGUCUGUACAGUGACAUAACAUAGAACAUGAGCUUUUCUGGUGCCAAGAAAAAUAAAACACAGACGUUAACCAUCAAGCCAUGCUUUUUAUAUUUUUGUACAAAUAUUUUACACAGAGUACAAGGCAAAACCAAAUUUAAAACGGCCCCCCACAAAUCUGUGCUCCUUAAAAUAUUUCUAAAGAAUUCCUUGAAGCUUCUAUCUCCAAAAAUACAUUUUCCUCCAUAAGGACAGGCCCUAGCCCUGAAAUACUGGAGGCCUAGGUCAUGCAGAGUAUUUCAGAAUAACUGUUCUUGUGGCUCAUAACAACUACCAACAUUUCAGUUUGCUUUCUUUUUUUUUUUGGCAGAAACAAGGGGGUGGUUGUACUUUUCAUCCCUGUUAAUAUCAUCUUAAAAAUAAAAUGAGCCAGUUUUAGAGAUAAAAUCCCCUAUAAGAAACACUAAAACUGAAACUAGAUUCAAAGCUUAAAAAGUUUUUAUUAAGAUUUGUAUGCAAAGAGAAAUGGAGCCCUCCCUCCCCCAAAGUUUCACUAGAUCAUUUCAUUCCCUGCUACUCAGUAUUGAUGAUCAUGCAGUAAAAUCCACUGUGGCUGCUUACACCACCAUUGUGGGCCAGCGUCUGUCAGGUGAUUGUCAUUGCUGGGUGCUAGUCUGGGACGUGAGCAAGGAUUCCUUCAUGCAGGGCGUGGUGGGAGCAGAUGACCUACAAGAUCCUUUAAGAUGGGGAGAGUUCUCCCCAUGCCAGUUACAUUCAGAUCGUUGUCCUGCACACAAGAUAAGGGAAGAUAUUUUGCACUAAGUGCCACACAAAAUCUAACGACUAUUUAGAUAGAGCUCAUUUUUCUUGAAGACUUUCGCACAGAGCCUCAAGAAGACCAACAGCUAUUUCAACAGUGUAGAUUAAGGUACAGAUGACAUCCCACGAGGCCACUCAAACAGGUACUCCAUUUUUCUCACGCUUUAACAUUGCUUUCUAAGACAUACUUCUUACAUACAUCACAUCAAGUACACCUUUUUUAAAAGCCUCUUCAUUCCUGGUUGUCAAGACCUACUAACAGUUUUCUGUCUGCUUUUGUGACUUAUUGGUAAGUGGUGUCUCUGGUCCUUCCUCUGCAGUAGAUUAGAAAGAUGUAAAAAAUUCAGGCCGGAGCCAUUUGGGUUUUGUCCAUUGCCCAGACAAGGAAGCAGCUGAAGUCUAACCUCACAUUCCAUAAGCUAAAAAAAAAAAAAAAAAAUGUUUUCCCUACUAGUAUGUGUCCUAGUUCCCGUCACUGUAUUCUUGAAAUGUUGAAGAGCUCUUUGUGUUAACAAUGUGUGUUGUCUUUGAAAGUCUGCUUGAACAGGCAUCACCUUCAUUCAUGCUGAUUGCUUUAAGAUACAAGAUGUGCCACAUUACUUUAAGAAAGAGCAUGCAGUUAUUGGUCAAAAUUUUUUAAACUUCUGGAGGAAAAUAGGAGGAUAUCUGCAACAUGCUGAUGGCAAUUCUGAAUGACUCUGCCAUGCUCCCACGAUUCUCUGUUCUAACCGUCUCAACAGUUUCUGUGAAUUAUUAGUCACUUUUUCGUUCAUUCGUCUUAACCUUAAAUCUAAACAAAUCAAAAAAAUAACAAACAAACCCAAAACUGACCUACCUGAGACUAUAUAGUUACAACAUAAAAUCCAGAAAUCUAAAUUUGAUUUUAUUUACCUGUUAAUAUUUCUCAUAAAUACCAUUACAUUUUGGCCUUGAUCAGGAUCGCAAUAUCAAAAAUCUUAAAAUGUUCUGUCCUUGAUGAGUCUCAAAAUGGAUAUAACCUGAUCUUCUUUCAGAAGCCCCAGCAAAAAAGAAAACCUCUUGAGAAUUUGCAAGUUCAAAACUGACCAUUGAGGGACUUCCCUGGUGGUCUAGUGGUUGAGACUCUGCGCUUCCACUGCAAGGGGUACAGGUUCGAUCUCUGGUCAGGGAACAAAGAUCCCUUACCCUACAUGGCACAGCUGAAAAGAAACUGAUCAUUUACACAUGUCCACCAAACAUUUUCUAGUAUUUUUUUUAUUUCCAAACUGUAUCACUGGAAUUUGGGAGAUUUUUUCCAUAGAUACUUAGGAUAUUAAAAAAUGUGCAUAAUAUUAAAUAGUAUGAGACCAUAACUCUGCUUUGAAAAUUAUUCUAAGGCUGUCAUUCCAGAAAAUGCCAGAAUGCACCAAAAUAAAAAUCUUCAUAAAAGCAUUUUUAAAACAAAAAUCUCUGAAUAAGUUUUGAGAUAUUCUAAAUUCACAUCAAAAUCUUGGACUCUGUGUCCAUGAUACCAAACAUUUGGAGGAAGACUAGAAACUAGAAAUGUCCUAAAGUUUCCAGAUUUUUUGGGUUUGUAUAGAUAUCUUCAAACAAACUCAGUUCCUUGCGUGAUAGAGUUUGGUUUUGAUAGUUGGUUUUUAUCAUGCCAAAUUGGACUGCACAUAUGGGGCUGGAGGAAAGGUAAGUUUUCAUUUCUAGCAAUGGAUCAUUGCUCGUCCAUAGCAAACAUCCAUGCCCCAGUUGUCUCUUCCUCGUAUUUCUCCCUCUGGGGUUAGUGUUAAGGAAUAGUAAUUUUGUAUUACGGUUUAUUUAAAAACCUCAGACAUCACCCUGAAUCAGAAUUUCAAAUGUUAGGUGACAGCACAAACUAAAUCUAUAGCAGGGGGAAAAAAAAGGAUGACAGCUUAGAUGAAGUUUCAAAUUGGAUGUUGUGAAACUUUUUGUGCAUUUCGCUGUCUUUUUUUUUUUUUUUUUUUACAAUGUUAACAUAACUGUAGAAAUGCCAAAUUUAUACUAUUGGAAGGGGAAACUAUCAUUUUGCUAUGCCUAAGGGUGUUUAUGCUGUUUAAAUCUCCAGUUUUCUAAAGUGUUUUAAAUUGUCAAAAAUAUGCUGAAACUGGAUCAUUCUCACCUGUGUGGGGGUAUAAAGAAAGAAAACCUUGGCAUAUUUUCUCGUCUGAACCUUUUGGUUACUUUCAAGUAUAUUUUCCCCUGCAUUUACAAAGCCUUCAGUUACUGUUGUCUAAGGUUGUUCUAAGCAGUAGUUAGAAAUGAUUUGGUAGGUUCUAAGCCUACCUUUCCUUGACUGUGACUGCCACACCCUGGAAUAUACUAUUUUAUGUUAUCUCUAUCAAAAUGUGAAUAAAAAACUAUUGAUAG